AUGGCUUUCCCUAAUGUCAUUACCGGUAAGAAGUAUUUUUGUAGUUCUUUUUUGUUCUUCUCGAACCUUUUGACUUCUUUCAAUUAAUUAAGAACUUGGUCUGAGCGAUGAGACCCAGAAAUCGCUUUCGGAGGCGCUAGAAUUUUCCCGAAAAUUGUGUCGCAAGUAUGGAAUUCCUUGCAGCAACAGGUACACUUAAAAUAUUUAUAGUCUGUGUGCCACGACUUGGAGUUUCACCGAACGACAUUCCGCUGUGCCGCUGCGAGCCUUUGCGAACUUUGGUCAAGCUUUAAAUUUUUUUUUCUUUCAUUAAGGUACUCUGCUUUCAUGUGCUCUCACAGCAAUAAAAAUUAAUUGAAAGCGUGACCUAUAUUCGAAAGAAGCUUCGCGAACGCACGCAGCGGAAGAGCGGAAUGUCGUCCGGUGAAAUUUCAAGUCGUGGCACACAGGCUAUAGAAGAGAUUAAAGAAUUUAUUAUGAGUUGAAGAAUAAUUCGCGAAGAAAAAUCCGAAAAAGAGAAAUCGGAAAACAGCCUUUCAAAUGACCUUCUCUCGUUCCGAAACCAAAUUUCUGAGAGUACAGCUUCGUCGAGUAGCUCCUCCACAAGGUAUUUUAAAAAAACUGAAGACUUCUAUCAAGUCUUUAAAAAAAUAAACUUUAAGGUCUCUAACAACGAAAUUCCCUCACCGCGUUUCGCCGGAAGUUCGACAAAAAGCGCGAGAUUUGCUCAAAGAACUGUCCAAACAGAGAGUUAAUUCAUUUCUCAUUAUUAUAUGUAGUUUUUAAAACUUUUCAGGCUGAGAAACAGGAAGAAAUCGAGAAAGAUGUGUGCGUGGUCGACUACGACACCUCGCUUUUGUCGUUUAACGGUUCCACGAGCUGUUCUAUGAGCAUCCCUCCGUCGACCGUGAGCUCGGGCAAAACUGAAAAGAUCCCCAAAAGCUUUUCUCAAAAAAAGACCUUGAAAGGGUCCCCAGCAGAUCUUUUUCACAUCAUUUCAAUUCUUUUUGCGUCUUUUUCACAUCCUCUGACAAAAAGGAUGCUGGAAAGCAACUAAAAAGUUCCGAGAGGAUUUAAAAAGGAUCCUCUGAGGCUAUGAAAAAGGUGAGCUUUUUUACACCAUUUUAGGAGCUUUUAGAGGAAGCUUUUUAUCUGCCUCUCAGGAUCCUUUGAGGAUCCUCAAAGGAACUUUUCAGUUUUACCUAUGAGAUUUAUAACUUGGAAAACAGAGAAACGCUGAUCUUUUCAAGCGGGAAUCAAAUGAAAACAAGACUUUUACCAUCGAGAAGAUUCGAGCUGAUUCAACCGAUGACGAGGAUAAUGAUUGGACACCGGUUAUUUAUUUUUUUUUUUUGAACCUCUAUCCAGAAUUAAUCCUUUUUUCGGUUUGGCCUUGUAAAUUUUCUUCUGUAGGAUUCAUCGCCAGGUGAAAAAACGGAAAAUUUGAACGACAAUUCGAAGCCGCCGAGUGUCUACGACGCAUACUUUUGCACGACGCAAAGUUACACAACUCCCUCGGAGCCGACUUUUUCGUCUUGA